UUCCAAACCAAUGGACAGUUGAACGCAAUUUUAUUAUUUAUUUUAUUUUAAUUUAUUUCAACGCAAGUAUCAAAUAAAUGAAAUCAAAUGAAAUUAUUUUUUCAAUGAUUAAAUCGUUAUAUCCUAAAACAAAUUUACAAUUUAUAAACUUCCUGUUAAUGUUUGACUAAAUUAAAUAUAAUGUCAUUAUUGAGUGCAUUAGAGAGGGGAACGUCACCCAUAGACUGGUGUGAAAGUAAUUAUAGAUAUUCACCACUAAUCGCAGAAUUUAUAAAUACGGUAUCGAAUAUACUCUUCCUAUUACUACCGGCGCUCUUGAGUCAACUGUUCAAACAAUACGCCCGGACUGUCAAUCGAGGCGUUUAUGUCAUUUGGUUUCUGUUCGCGACGGUAGGCAUCUGUUCGGCCUAUUUUCACGCCACUCUCAGUCUUGUGGGACAGCUGUUGGACGAGUUGGCCAUACUAUGGCUGAUGGCCGCAGCCUUUGGCAUGUGGUUACCCCGACGCCACUACCCCUUAUGGCUUAACGGCGAUCGUAAACAUUUCCAGGUUAUACUUCUUGUGAUGAGUCUGAUUGGGACAGUGAUGGCGUGGGUGUACCCGUGGAUCAACUGUUUCGCACUCAUGUGUUUAGGAGUUCCUGCAUUCGUUCUGCUUCUGCUGGAACUCCGAGCGUGUCGUAACGGAAGAAUCAAACGGUUAGGUUUGCGGUGUUUCUUAUGCUGGAUCUUCGCUGUCUUCAGUUGGAUAUUCGACCGAUUAUUUUGUGACAUAUGGUCGGCCGUCAACUUCCCAUACCUCCACGGCUUAUGGCAUAUACUGAUAGCCAUAACCGCAUACACUGUAUGCGUUUUAUUCGCAUAUUUCGAUGCAAUCAACGAACACGAAGAAAAACUCCCGGUUCUUAUGUUUUGGCCCCGAAAUGAGUUUGAAUUAGGAGUUCCUUAUGUGGUACUCAAGAAUGCAGUUUAA